GUCGAAGUAGAAAACACCUUUGGAAUCAUUGAUGUUUGAAUACAGCUCACAAUUGAAAAUCUUUUCAAAUAAAUUCUUUUCCUUUACAAUAUAAUCGACAUCCUUCAAGCCCUUAAAGUAACAGAAAUAAAUUAAAUAAAAUUUUGUCACAUUGUUCAAGUUACUUACAUGAUCUAUAAAUGCAGCGAAGAAACGAUUAAUAUUGUGAUAUGUGAAAAUCAUUUUAUCAAAAUUCUGAUUGAAUUGAUUCGUGUCGUGUUGUUGUGUCAUGAUGUCAGUGGCGUUUAAUGGACUUAUCAGUUUCUCAUAGAAUAAACGAAGAUUUUUAGGUGCAAUGAUUGUUUGUAAAGUUAUGCUGAACGAGUCGAUGUCACUUCUCCCAUGAACUGUCAAAUCAAAGAAGAAACAUGCUUCAAAAACCUUCAGUUAAGAACAGCGUAACUUACCUGAUCGUCCAUGAAUAUAAUAACCAUAAGAGUCGAUUAAAAUUAAAACUGAAAUAUUUGCUAUUGAUGAGACGUCAAUAAAUUGUUGAAUACAAUUAUCGAUGAAUCUUUCGUAGAUUAAAAAGUUUAAAAUGCGUUGUAUUAAGUAAAUCACAAUAUAAAUUAAUGUCCCGACAGCAACUUGCAAUAAAACAUUGUUGUUUGACAAAUUCUCUGCGUCUUUAUCAGCUUUGUAAAGAUUCAAAUAGCUUUGCAUGUGAGUUUGAUUAUAGUGGAGAAAGAAUUCCGUCGAUGAAAAAUUUUCCAAGCCUAAUAACUGAAAUGGGAAAGUGUGAAAGAUCGAAAGUGAAACAACAUUAG